CUCGGCCGUGAAGAAGCCGCGGAAGAAGCCCGCCGCCGCGGCCGCGGCCCCGCCCGCCACCGUCGUCGAACCUCCUCCCGCUGCGCACGAGGUGCUCGAGGAAAUGGCAACCCGAUCCUCGUUCAUGGACCUCCUCCAAAACGCGGAGGUGGACCUCGGAGCUCCGCCUCUAGACCCCUUUAGGGUUGGUGACGACUUGGAGGAAAAGGAGGAAGAUGAGGAGGAUGAAGGGGAUGACGAGGAGGAGGUGGCCGAGAUAGGGGUGGAGGCAUUCACCGCCGCUCCCGCCCACACGCUCGGUCGACAAACUACACCGAGGCGGAAGAUGUCCUCUUGGUUCGUGCUUGGGCAGCUGUGGGAAUGGAUGCUACCACCGGCACCGAUCAAACCGAUAAAAUCUAUUGGCAAAGGAUCGAGGACGUCUAUUGUAGGAUCAAGCCGAAGACUAGUGGGUUCAUCCAUCGCACAUUCCGGUCGCUUCAAGGACGGUGGGAGUUGAUCAAGCCCGCUUGUUCUUGUUGGAGUGCGGCCAUGGACCAAGUGAGGGAUGCACCACCUAGUGGAACCGUGGAGAGUGACUAUGAGACAAUUGCCGGCUUGAGGUACAAGAAGAUGGCCGCUUCCAAGGGCAAGCCAUUCCCAUUUAAGCAUGUUUGGUCAAUUCUUCAAACCUUUGACAAGUGGAAGUUGAGGGAUCAAGAGACCGCACCCAAGAAGUCGGCAAUGCUAAGGAUGGACGAUAGUGAAGAUGAGGAGGAGAGGAACGUGGGCAAGCCCGAGAGAAACAAGAAGGGCAAGCUAAGGGUGAAGAUGGAAGAAGAGGCGUCAAGCCUAAGGGAGAAGAUGGACCACAUGAUAAAGCCAAGAGAGGAAUUGACAAUAAAGACAUUGGAGAUGAAGCUUCUUAUCACCGAGAAGAAGAAAGAGGUCAAGCUUGCACAAGUUGAAGCAAAACGUGCAGAAGCAAAGCGCAAGGCCGAGUUGGAGGAGAGGAUGAUCAAGCUCAAAGAGGCAAAGGUAUGGAAAGAACUCAUGGUGGAAGAGAAAGAGCACAUGAUGAUGUCCAAGAAGGACAUGGAUCAAGACCAAUUGCAAUGGUGGAAGGACUACAAGGAGGACAUCACGGAGAGGAAGAGGAUGUUUCGUGUUGCGUCCUCUACUUUUCGAGGUGACACUCCGAUGAGUAGUUGUGGUGAUGGCGGUGUGUACGACUCCACCGGUGCCGAUGGAGAUGCUUGAUGGAGCCCGCUUGUGGUCUAGGAGAUGGCACCGAGGUGCAACUUUUGGUGAUGAUGCCGAUGAGAGGAGGAAGAUGAUGAUU